AGUGAGCGUGGAUUUCGUGUUUUUUUUUGUGCUACAUGGUAUUACCACCAAAAAAUGCUGGUUAAGAGAGCACUGGGGCAAAUCGGCGGAAGCGUGGGGUUUGGAUAAAAAAGAUGAACCUCCGCCAAAGGAAAAGGAGAAGGUAAACCUUGGAGUAAGUGGCAAACUCGCAGAGGAUACUAAUAUGUACCGCGGCGUUCUGAUCAAGUACAAUGAGCCACCAGAAGCAAAGAAACCAACACUGAGAGAUCGAAAAAUUGCUGAUUUACCUAUUGAUCAUCCUAGUUGCAGCAAGCAACAUGCUGUGCUACAAUAUAGAUUUGCGUGUUCAUUAAACGAAAGUUUCCUGGAUUAUAGAUCAGUUCCAUAUGAGAAACCUGAUGGAACAAAAGCACGACGAGUAUUGCCUUACAUAAUUGACUUGGGGAGCUCAAAUGGAACAUUCCUCAAUGGCUCAAAACUUGAGCCGCAAAGAUAUGUUGAGUUGAAGGAGAAGGAUGUUUUGAAGUUCGGUUUCUCAAGUCGCGAAUUCGUCGUGCUCAAUGAAAAAUCAGCUGGUGAGGAAAAUGCGUCUGACCCUGAACCUAUGUCGCCUAAGUCGGAGUAGAA